AUGCCCGAGUUUGGGAUGGGAGACUCGUCGUACUUUGACGCUCCAGACGUGAUUCUGGAGCACGCGCUCGAGAGUACGCCGACGUGUUCCUGGACAAAGUUUCGGCUGAACUCCCUGCCGAUCGUGGCAUGCGGCACGAAAUUGAUCUCGUGCCAGGAUCGAAAUAUUGUGUGA